UCUAGCACACCCUGUAUCUGUAGCUUUACAUAUGGCCACGUAUGGCAUUGUAUUUCAUCGUUAAAGAUAUAGUCGAGAUUGUUCGUUAAAAUUACUCAAAAGUGCAAUUACGUUCCAGAGAAUAAGUUUUCCUUAAUUGAAACAUUCUCUAAUUGAUUUGUCUAUCGAAAUUUUUAAAAUGGGAGUUCCGUCAUCUGCAAUUACAGAAACCAAGAGAUUAACCGAAAUUCAUUAUUUAAAAGAUCAGACAGAGGAGUAUAAACAAAAUGUGUUUCUAAAUUCACAAUGCAAUGAAAAAAAUAAUUGUUCAAACAGAAUAUCCAAGUUUGUAAAGUCUAAGAUUCAUCCAGAUGUGAAAAACAAGGUUCAUAAUUCUUUUCCGAAUCCUGAAACAUUAUCUGAGGAACCGAUCAAAAGUACACAUGUGAAAUCUCAAUUACUUCCCACAAAUGUUUAUGUUAACCCAAACUUUAAACCACAAAAUCCAACGGUACAUAUCAAUCCAAAUAUUUAUGCUAAACCUUUAAUACAUAUUAAUCCAAAAAUAAUGCACAAUAUUGCUAAUUCAAAUCAAAAUCUACAAAAUAAUGUGAACACAACAAAUACGAGUACAAUAAAAGUAAACAUGGAUGACAAUGAACCAACAAAAAUCAAGAGAGCUAUAUAUGUUAAUCCAAGAUUGUUGAAGAAAUUAUCAUCUUCUAAAGAGAAAUCGGCAGAAUCUAAAGAAUUAAUUUCUAAAGAAUCAGUUGCAACAGAACAAUCUGUCUGUUCAAGACUGAAGCCUAUAAAAAAUGUCAACAAUCAAAAGAUUCCUUCAAAGAAGGUUAAUAAUUCUAGCAUUGUGCAUUUAUCACGCAGAAAACUUGUGAGAGUAGCUCGUUCUCCGAAAAUCGUGUCUAAAUCUUUUCUAGUAUCUCAAUAUAAGUUACCAAAAUCUACAGAAUUAAUAGGAAAAAAAAUUGAUAAAACAAUAUUGCAAACAAAACUUAAAUUGUUAACAAAUAAUACAUUAUUAAAUAAUACAUUACAAUCUGCAAAUAAAUCUAAUUUAUCGAAAUUAGAUAUCAAUAAAUCUAACAAUAAUUCUAAAGUGACCAAAUAUAAGAUUGAUAGGACUCUAUUAAAAGUUAAAAAAACUAGCCUUUCAGAAAAGAGAAAAGUUAUAGAAGGCGCAGAGAAACUUGUUACUAUCGGUGGAAUUGUUUACAAAGCUUCUAAAAACAAAUUAAUACGGAAUAAUUCUUCAUUAAAACGAAAACGAUCAUUUAAUGGAAAAAAUGAUAAACCUAUUUAUGAUAAAAAACGAGUCAAUAAAGGAACUUUAAAUUGUAUAUUAGAAACAAAUACCAAUAAUAAAGCACGAUUUACCUUGAAUACAUCAUUAAAAACCACUUACAAAAAUAGUAUCAGCAACAAAGCAAAACAAAGAAGCAUACGAAUUUUACGAAAUAAAAUGCACAAAAACAAUCAACCUUGUUUAAUUUUUCAACGAUUCGGAUCUUGUCCGAACCAUGAAAAUGGAAAAUGUCUUAAACGACAUGAUAAGAAACAGGUGUCACUCUGCAAAAAUUUCCUGCAAGGGAAGUGUUUCUUAGACAAAUGUUCUCUAUCACAUGAUGUUGGACCUGAAAAGAUGCCUACAUGCAAGUACUUCCUUGAUGGUUGCUGCACAAGAGACGACUGUCCUUAUCUUCAUGUUAAAGUAUCUUCAAAUACUUCAAUCUGCAUAGAUUUUCUACAAGGAUAUUGUGUUAAAGGAACCAAGUGCCAACGACGUCACGAGUAUCUUUGUCCUGAAUUUAACAAAUCGGGGAACUGCAGUAAAGGUGAGUGUUGUCCUUAUCCUCAUAAAUCGCAUUUCUCUGAUUCCGAAAAAAGUGCUAAAUAUUCAAACAAAAUGCGCGAAACUGUGCAAAAAACCACUCUCACAACAAAGAAUAAUUCCGAGAUAUCGAGUACGGAAAGUAGAUUAAGGUAUUAUGAAAUAAAUGAUAGUUUAAUCGAACAUCUUGAGAAAAGGAAAGAUACUCCAAUUAUCGAUCGUACAAAAAGAAUUCAAAUUAAAAAGUCUUUAAUAAAGGAAAAUGAGUGUAUUUUAGAUAAGACAGUUUGCCAUUCUAAUAAUAAAAAAAAGCGGGUUUCUGCAGGUAGUUAUAUCCCUAUUGAUAUAUCUUAAUUAACAUUUAUACACAUUAUUUUUACAGUAAAUAAUCUUUUAACUUAAUUCAAUUGUUACAUUAUGAUUACAAAUAUUAAUUAUUUAGAAUUAAACACGUUUGAAUGAAUGUAUAUAUAUUUAGAAGUUUUCUUUAAAACUAUCGUUAUAUUCAAAGAUUUUUCGUGGUACAAUUAUAUAAUUUUUUAUCGUUUUUA